CGCGCAGUCUGCGCCGGAGCGUCUCGGCAGUGGCCGCGGCCGUUAUCGUCGCCUGGCUCUGCGGUGGCUCGCGGGGUUGGGAGAAGGUAGCGGCGGCCGGUCGUCGGUGGCCGCUAGAGCCGGCCUGCAAGGGGACAGGGGCGCCAGGACGACGGCUGCUACCACCGGACUGCUCCUUCACGACUGCAGUCCGGUGCUGCAGGGUCCGGGCUGCCCCGGGGCGGCGGCCGACUGGGAUGGCAAGAUAGCGGCGCGGGAGCGGCCGGACUGACUGAGCAGCAACGACAAUGGCAGCUUACUCACGGUGGAGACAGCCAUCGUGGGUGGUAGACAAUAAAAGAUCGAGGAUGACUCCAAACCUGCCCCGGCUCCUGUCAGCUCUGACCCUUCUGCAUCUGACGAUGCAUGCAAACGGUCUGAAGAGAGGGGUACAAGACUUGAAAUGCACAACCAACAACAUGCGAGUGUGGGACUGCACGUGGUCAGCUCCCCUCGGGGUCAGCCCUGGAACUGUUAAAGAUAUUUGCAUUAAAGACAGGUUCCAUUCUUGUCACCGAUUAGAGACAACAAAUGUUAAAAUUCCAGCUCUUUCACCUGGUGAUCACGAAGUCACAAUAAAUUAUCUAAAUGGCUUUCAGAGUAAAUUCACGUUGAAUGAAAAAGAUGUCUCUUUAAUUCCAGAGACUCCUGAGAUCUUGGGCUUGUCUGCUGACUUCUUCACCUCCUCGUUACUACUGAAGUGGAACGACAGAGGGUCUGCUCUGCCUUACCCCUCCAAUGCCACCUGGGAGAUUAAGGUUCUACAGAAUCCGAGGACGGAACCAGUAGCACUCGUGUCACUCAACGCAAUGCUGAGUGGUAAAGAUACAGUUCAGCACUGGAACUGGACCUCAGACCUGCCCUUGCAAUGUGCCACUCACUCGGUGAGCAUUCGAUGGCACAUUGACUCUCCUCACUUCUCCGGUCAUAAAGAGUGGAGUGACUGGAGCCCGCUGAAGAACAUCUCCUGGAUUCGUAAUACAGAGACUAAUGUUUUCCCUCAAGACAAAGUGGUGCUCGCAGGCUCAAACAUGACAAUUUGUUGUAUGAGUCCAACGAAAGUGCUUUCAGGACAGAUUGGCAACACGUUUCGUCCUCUCAUCCAUCUGUACGGGGAAACCGUUGCGAUCCAUAUCCUGAACAUCCCCGUUUCUGAAAACAGCGGCACAAACAUCAUUUUCAUCACAGAUGACGAUGUGUACGGAACAGUGGUCUUUGCAGGCUAUCCUCCAGAUGUUCCUCAGAAGCUGAGCUGUGAGACACAUGACUUAAAAGAGAUUAUAUGUAGCUGGUAUCCAGGAAGGAUAACAGGACUGGUGGGCCCACGAAAUACAGAAUACACCCUGUUUGAAAGCAUUUCAGGAAAAUCUGCAGUAUUUCACAGGAUUGAAGGACUUACAAAUGAGACCUACUGGUUAAGCGUGCAAAUGCAUCCCGACCAAGAAAUCCAUAACUUCACCCUGACUGGUCGCAAUCCACUGGGACAGGCACAGUCAGCAGUGGUCAUCAAUGUGACUGAGAGAGUUGCUCCUCAUGAUCCGACUUCCUUGAAAGUGAAGGACAUCAAUUCAACAGUUGUUACAUUUUCUUGGUAUUUACCAGGAAAUUUUACAAAGAUUAAUCUUUUAUGUCAAAUUGAAAUUUGUAAAGCUAAUUCCAAGAAAGAAGUGAGGAAUGUCACAAUCAGAGGAGCCGAGGAUUCAGCUUACCAUGUUGCUGUGGACAAAUUAAAUCCAUACACGACAUACACUUUCCGGGUUCGUUGUUCUUCCAAGACUUUCUGGAAGUGGAGCAGGUGGAGUGGUGAGAAGCGACAUCUAACCACAGAAGCCACUCCUUCCAAGGGACCAGAUACUUGGAGAGAGUGGAGUUCUGAUGGAAAAAAUCUAAUCGUCUACUGGAAGCCUUUACCCAUUAAUGAAGCUAAUGGAAAAAUACUUUCCUACAAUGUAUCAUGUUCAUUGAACGAGGAGACACAGUCAGUUUUGGAGAUCUUUGAUCCUCAACACAGAGCAGAGAUACAGCUUAGUAAAAAUGACUACAUCAUCAGUGUGGUGGCAAGAAAUUCUGCUGGCUCAUCACCACCUUCGAAAAUAGCUAGUAUGGAAAUCCCAAAUGACGACAUCACAGUAGAGCAAGCGGUGGGGAUAGGAAACAGGAUCUUCCUCACCUGGCGUCACGACCCCAACAUGACUUGUGACUACGUAAUUAAAUGGUGCGGCUCAUCUCGGUCUGAGCCCUGCCUCCUGGACUGGAUGAAGGUUCCUUCAAACAGCACUGAGACUGUCAUAGAGUCCGAUCAGUUUCAGCCAGGAGUAAGAUACAACUUCUACCUCUAUGGGUGCACUAACCAGGGAUACCAACUGUUACGUUCCAUAGUUGGAUACGUAGGAGAAUUGGCUCCAAUUGUCGCGCCAAAUUUCACCGUGGAAGAUACGUCGGCAGACUCGAUAUUAGUGAAAUGGGACGACAUCCCCGUGGAAGAGCUCCGAGGCUUCCUAAGAGGGUAUUUAUUUUACUUUCAGAAAGGAGAGAGAGAUACGCCCAAGACGAGGAGCUUGGAACCACAUCAUUCUGACAUCAAGCUAAAGAACAUCACUGACAUAUCCCAGAAGACACUGAGGAUUGCUGAUCUUCAGGGUAAAACCAGUUACCAUCUGGUCCUGCGAGCCUAUACACACGGUGGUCUGGGCCCAGAGAAGAGCAUGUUUGUGGUGACCAAGGAAAACUCUGUGGGAUUGAUUAUUGCCAUCCUCAUUCCAGUGGCCGUGGCUGUCAUUGUUGGCGUGGUAACAAGCAUCCUUUGCUAUCGGAAAAGAGAAUGGAUUAAGGAAACCUUCUACCCAGAUAUUCCCAAUCCAGAAAACUGUAAGGCCUUACAGUUUCAGAAGAGUGUCUGCGAGGGAAGCAAUGCUCUUAAGACAUUGGAAAUGAACCCCUGUACCCCGAACAACGUUGAAGUCCUGGAAUCUCGGUCGAUAGUCCCUAAAAUAGAAGAUACAGAAAUAAUUUCCCCAGUUGCUGAGCGUCCUGGGGAAAGAUCUGAGGUGGACCCUGAGAACCAUGUGGUCGUGUCUUAUUGCCCACCCAUCAUCGAGGAGGAAAUAACGAACCCCGCGGCCGAUGAAGUGGGAGGGGCUUCCCAGGUCGUGUACAUCGAUGUGCAGUCCAUGUAUCAGCCACAAGCCAAAGCAGAGGAAGAGCAGGGUGUGGAUCCCGUGGUGGUGGCAGGCUAUAAGCCACAGAUGCGCCUUCCCAUCAGCCCCGCUGUGGAAGACACAGCAGCAGAAGAUGGAGAGGAUAAGACUGCCGGUUACAGACCUCAGGCCAAUGUAAACACUUGGAAUUUGGUCUCUCCAGAUUCCCCGAGGUCCACAGACAGCAACAAUGAAGUUGUCUCUUUUGGAAGUCCGUGCUCCAUCAAUUCCAGGCAAUUUUUGAUUCCUCCUAAAGACGAAGACUCUCCUAAAUCUAAUGGAGGAGGGUGGUCCUUUACAAACUUCUUCCAGAACAAACCAAAUGACUAACCAGGUCACCCUUUGUCACUUUCAGUCUGCCAUCUCAGUAAGUCCUCCCUGUCGCUGUCCUGGCAGCAGCUGGGGCAUUUCUGGAGGGACCCUGCAAAUGUUGAUAGCCAGGGACCUUCACUCUGGGCAAGUGACACUAGAAGUGUUAAUGUGCUUUUAAUGUAUCCCAAAAGCCAGAGUGCAGUGACUCAGCCCUCAGCCGAGGAAACUUAAGAUUUGAAGCUGGUUUUGAUUGAGCCAAAGAACCCUCCCAAAGGGCCUCAAGACUAAGCAACUCUGUCUAGUACAUACAUGCCAAGCAGAUCUCACAACCGUUUUCUGUUGUUAAUGGUUUCCUCAGCGUUCUAUGGUAUGGGAUUGCUAGUGGAUUUACAGGCAAGGGAGAAAACCGUCCCAAGUCAAACCACGUUAAUUUGCCUGACAUUUACUGUGGUCUAGAGGAGAACCAAACACAGAUCUUAAAACCAUGAUGAUGUCUCUGUCCACGGCAUUUACAAAAGCAAAUCUCGUUUUCAAUGCAGCAGCAGCAGCUAUCUGUUGUUCUGUUUGAUAAAGCGUGCUGAUUUCUGUGCCUACUGUAUAAUGGUUAUCAAACAGUUGUCUCAGGGGUACAAACUUGGAAAAAGCAAGUGCGACGCUGACCAGUCCGAAUUGGCAUCACACCGUCCUGCUUUCUCGGGGUGUGAAAACCUUUCUCCUAUCAUGUAGCUUGCACGACAGCUUCCAUUAGUACAGUCGACUGCCCUAAUGUUGGAAAUCUCUCGAACUAUGCCCAAAUUUUCUCUGUUUGCUUUGUGUUAUGUUAUAGGGUCUGCUUCGUAAGAGCGAAUUUAUCAUUAUUUACAGGUAGAUAAUUGUAAUGAGUUACUACGUAAGAUGACUACUAAGAAAUGGCUAGUGGUGUGUGCUGACUGCAUAGCUGUGAUUAGGCUCAGUUCUCCCUGAGAGGAUAGGCCAUUAAGCCUAACCAAUAGCUGGCUGAUGAUCACCGAGGCUUCUCAGGAGCUUUCGAUGCUGCUCAUGAGUCUCGGCUCCUCCCCCCUCAGGCAGUUGGGGGUCCAGAGUCUCAGACCCUGCCUUCAAAUCCAUAAACUUAAACAUAAAGGGCGAUAACUUCCCUUUGGAGCAGUUAGUGGUUAAACUGUAAUAGAGGUCAUAAAACCUACGGAAGUGGUAGGUUGUGGCCUGUGCUUGUUCCAUCAGCAGUGAAGAAGCGGAUCCUGAGCACAGCACCCUCAAUACACCCUGGUUUCUCAUCAGCAAUGUGUACAGGGAAUGUGAUUCUUAGAAAAGCUGUAAAAUCCUAAAAUGUGUGUCAUGUGUCUGCUCUGCCUUUGGGUACACGACAGUUUGAAACACCCCAGGAGUAAGUAGAUGACCUUUACUUGUGUCAUCUGAAGCCCCCCAAGUCUUACAGAUAAUGGAUUGUUCUUUUAGUUCAGAUUUUAUCUUUUUAUUUUUAUUUUUUAUUUUUUAUUUUAUUUUUUUUGAGACAGGGUCUCACUAUGCAGCUCUGGCUUUCUUGGAACUCACUAUGUAGAUGAAGCCGGCCUCAGACUCGGAGAUCCACCUGUUUCUGUCUUCGAAGUGCUGCUGUGCGUGUCACCAUGCCUGGCUUCUUAUUUUAUCUUCUAAAGAAUCAUGUGAGAAAAAAAAAUACAGGAUGACAAGGGACAGAGUCUUGAUCCUGUUCUUAACCCUAGGAUUCAACUACAUUUUGAGCUCCAUGAUAUAGUAGCUCUUAGAAAUUUUCAGUAAUGAAAAAUAUUCCAAGCCAGAGCCAACACCAAAGAGUUUCUGUCUUCCUUGUGCCCUCUGGCUCCAUCCUCUACCCAGCCACUCUAAGCCCUGCUGCCUCCUCCCCCCACGCCACACCCCUCUCUUCCCCCCUCCCUGAAACAUCUUACUACUGCUCUGCCUGCUUGGCCUCUGCCUUGUUCCCCAGUGAAGCUUCUCAGUUUCUUAUUCCCAUCUAAUUGGGAUCAGAGUUUUCGAAGGUUACAGCUCGUCAUUCCGCACUACGUUCAGGGAACGGUCAGGAGAAAUGGACUCAUUCUGUCCAAAGGAUGUCCUUUUGGCGUGGGUGUCUAGAAUGUUGGGAGUUUAGAGUGCUGCUCAUCCCACCCUGCCUCUGAAGUCCAUUCUCAAGGACCACUGAGCUAUGCAGAAGCGGGGCAGCCCUGGAUUAUUGUAGGAGAAUGUGACGUAGGACUAAGGCCAAGGCAGCUUUUUUUUUUUUCUGUCUUUUCCCAUUGAAGUGAAUACAGCUGCCUCCCUGGGCAGUGUUGUUACCUCUGUGGUUGUGUAUAUAGGAGUAGCCUAAACAGGAAGAGGACAGGGGAGAAGCAGGCCACCACUGCCAUGCCCUUACUACCUGUCUCACGGGUUGGGACUUUAGUAAGUGCGCACUGUGGCCUUCAGUGCAAGUUGGCCUCAUAGUGGAUAUACUCUGAAGUCAGGGGUCACUGUGAGAGAAGAGGCUACAGGUGUUCCCAGCUCUUAGGAAAAGGAGAGAAACUGUUCCUUCCUAAGAAGAGCCCAGUCAUUGGCCAGGCAACUCCACAUAUCUCGACCAGAAUUAGGUUCCUCUCUGUCUGGUGAACAGAAAGAACCACAUGCACACCCUUUUGUAAGCCAGUUUCAUUCAGACUUCCCUGGUGAGACAUGGAGAUUGAGGGCAUCCUAAUACUUAGGAGUGGCCAUUUUCAAUAACAUCUAAUUAAAGAGAACAUUCUUAAAUACUUAACUAGGCUUUUUGAGGUUUAUGCCCCAUGAAUUAGUGCACGUGUACCUUCUGAGUCUUCCCGUGGGUUGAACCUGUAGUGUCCCAGCCUUGAGACAACGGCAGCUCUGCAGAUCUGGAAGGCUGGGUUGUGAUUCUGAGCUGGGUGAUAGAGGUGCUUUUGUUCCUGCAGCUGGCAACAGAAGCCGCCAUUCAUUGGGAAGCUCGAGGGAGGAACUGUCAGCCUCGGUUUGCACAUUAGUCUUGCUUUCAUGGUUCAGGGGAACUGGAAGGAUUGCAUUCCGAACACCCAGCACUGUCGCACUCAGACAUGACAGUAGGAAGUCACAGUCUUAGAAGUUCUUGCAAACUGAACUCUUGUUAGAAAUCUCUCCUGUCACAGUAAUCCUGACUGUAUUUACCAUCCGUCCCAGCCCUUUCAGUGCUCAAUAUACCUAAUUUAGUGAAAGGCUUAAGAAUGUUUCCUCUCGAUAGAAAUUCGAAGUCAAUGUCAUGGUAUUUUGCAAUUCAAGUACCCCUUCAUAUGUCAAUAUGCAGAAAGUAUUAUCUCAAAGUCUCUUACUGCUUAGGCACUACUCAGAUAAAACUUGUUGUGUUUGCACUAAGGUAAUUUCUACUGUUUCCUGUUUGAAACUGGGUUGAAAUGAGCAAAAUGGCUUUUGAAAGGAUCCUGAAAGUGCACUACUUGGCAUCUCAAGUGAAGUGUGGGAGAAGGGCCAUCAGCUGCUAAUGCCAGGCACACAGUGAGAGUUCUGUGUCUGUAAUGAUGGGGUCCCUUUCUAGAGUGUGACAGAUUCCUCGGAACUGUCUUGCAGGAUGGGAGAGAUUAAGAUGUGACUCGCAUAGAUAAGAAUUGACUGAAAGAUUUGGAUACAUUGUGGAAAUGGCCCCACAGUGUGAGGGAACUGUGAAGACUCAUCAGGCCUGCCUUUCAUAGAUAGACCCUGUCAGCACCCUAUUCGCUGCAGAGUUGUUCGCUUUUGUCUCAUGAGCUAUCUAUCAGCCUGGAGAUGCCUCUGUACCAAUCUGCCAUGUGUUAUGUCAAGCAGCGUGCAUGAGCAAACAUAGCUGAUCAAUAGAAGAACUCAAUGUCUCGGUAAGAUAUUUCCAGGCAUUUCCUUGAAUUGAUUUGAUACUUUCUUGUGAAAAAAGUUUCAUGCUGUCAUACCUGUCUUACCUCUGUGUCCAGGACAAAAUAAUUACAGAGGGGGUGGGGGUGGGGCCAAGCAAAAAACGUUCAUCUUUUAGACAUAACCCUAGAAUAUCCUUCAAAGUGAUUUCGCUUGAAUCGUGGAUUCUGCCCAGUGCUAUUCACCCUGUUUAAACCUCUUAGCUUACUAGGGUUGUUGGAUUUUUGCUCCCCUUAUCUUAAUAAUUACAUGACCAUAUUCAUGCUGAUUAUAAUACAGAGGACUUAUUUCUAAAUGGAGGCAUAAAGGAUUGGGAGCAACCUUUAGCUGAGCACUACCAAGUUUUGUUUUGUUUUGUUUUUCCUCUUGUUAGAGUUUCUGGGGUUGUCCUGUGGCCUAGAACAGCCACAUGCUUCUAAUUAUGAGACUGUGACUGGAUCAGGCUGCCCUUAACCAGAGUAGUGCUUCGUCUCCUGUAUUAUGAAUGGCAGUUUUUGUCCAAGGUGUAAAUAGAAUUUGCUUAAGUUAAAUUCUAACUGUGGCAUACUUUUAUUAUAAAUAAACCAUAUCCGAUUGCACAUUAAACAAGUGUGCAAUUUUUGGUUGCUGGAAUGGAAUAGUUUAAAAAUGAAAAAUAAAAAACCAUGCUGAGGAUAAAAGACAGGAACAUGAAUGUUAGUUGAUCCAUAUGGGUCUUCAAGAUCGCCUUUGUGUUAGACAAUCAACAUGAAAAGAAAUCCCGCUGUAAUAGGCAUUUUGCUGUACUUAUGCCUAGAAUAUUUGAUACAUCUAAAUUGGCUGCCUUCCUAAUUUUAUUCCGAUUUCUUACAUGCACUUUUAUUUUUAAUUAUUCCAUCUCAAAUGGGCAGUUUCAACUUUCCAAACUAACUUCAACAUCCAGUAGCAUAUCUUUAGAGAUCAAAAUUUUUUAGGUAGUAAUUCCAUCUUCCUUAAGUCCUGAGCAGCUUAGCCCUUUGGCAGGUGGUCCUAGAACAAAGGCUGAAGGGAGGUUUUCGGGUGAUGCUCUCCGUUUGAUCCAAACACUUUCACUGUCUUUUCCGAUUAGCCCGAUUAGCUCAGUUAUAAACACCCAGCUCCUUGCGCUUACUUUUCUUUCUGAUGUAUUCUUUAACAAAGUAUGAACAGCAUGGUGAAGUGUUGAGGAAUAAACCCUGUUCCGCUCCUUGUGAUGGGGUAGAUGUUAGGGGAUACCCCAGGACACAGCUGCUAAAGGACAUUCUCCUUAGAGUUGCUUUGAAAACGUUGUUCCGGAUGGAGAGAUACGCUGAGUCCCAGAUGAUACCAACUUACAGGCAUGUCCAAAGGUAAAGUAAGCCAUCUGAAAAUUCUCAGUGUUCCUAGGAAAUUUUUUAAAAAUUUAUUUUACCAGAUCUUUCACUAGCAGACAGGCCAUCAGCCAUCUUCCCUGUAACACUAAGAAAUUGCCACUUUUUUCCUUUCAAAUUUGCAUUACAGUGCAUUACUGUUUACAAGACACACAUACUGUGAACAGAUCUAAGUCUUUGUCUUUUGUAAGGUUUGUAGAAUGAAUCUUGUUUUAAAGAUGGUGUUAUGUUAAAUAUCUUUAGGUCUCUGUAAAUGCUAGCUCCUGUUUACUAACUUUUGUUUGGUCAGGUGUGUGUCCAUGUAGCUGAAAGAAGAUAGAAAUUGCAGUUUGCGUAACUUUUCCCCGUUUUGUUUCUUGCAAAAUUAUCACUACAGACCUGAUUGUGUUAAAUCAAAGGAUCGGUUAUGAUGUGCAAUACCUAAAAUCAUGUUCAGUCCUAUAAGGAAUCUUUUCAAUGCUCACACACAGGACUUAAAGGAGACUGAUGUGUGUGUGUCUGUGAUUCACUCUGACUCAAAAGAUUCUGAGCUGAGUAUAGAAUAAAACAAUACUCACGAACAUUGACAGCGGAGGCAUUCCCAGCUUUGUGAAAUGUUAUGUCGCUGUUAAAACGGGAAAUUUGAACCCUUUAUAGCAUAAUUUCAGAAUUUAGCGUCCAUAUCUUUUGAGAAACAUGAUUAUCACAAGAACAUAGAUGAUGUAAAUAGCCUAUUACUAAGACACUGCAAAUAUAAAACUACUAUUGCUUGGCUGUUAAUUAUAUAAAGAUGUUACCAAUGUCUGUUUUUAAAACAUGCAUGUAUUUAACAAUUUUAUCAUAGUAUUGUCAUGGAAAAAAUAAAUAUAUUUUCUUACAUCUUA